CCGUCGAGGGGCUCCCACCCACCGGGACCAGACAUCACCAGCAUUGAUCGAGCGGCGUCUUGUGCAGAUACUUGUCCAUUGUUUGCCCACCGUUAAUUUCUCUCCUUGCGCUCUCUGCCACCGUCAAACGCCGCCGCCGCCGCCAUGUCCCGCUCCAUCCUCAUCAUCAACGGGCCCAACCUCAACCUGCUCGGCACCCGCGAGCCGCACAUGUACGGCAACACCACGCUCGCCGACGUCGAGCGCUCUGCCCACGAGCAGGCCAAGUCCCUGGGCGUCUCCGUCAUCGCCAUCCAGUCAAACCACGAGGGCGAGCUCGUCGACGCCAUCCACGCCGCCGCCAAGCCAGACCUCUUCCCCGCCGCCAAGCUCAUCCCGGCCUCGUCGGACCCUUCGUCCCCGCGCAAGCCCAUCGACGCCGUCAUCAUCAACGCCGGCGCCUUUACCCACACCAGCGUCGCCAUCCGCGACGCCCUCGCCGGCGUCGACGUCCCCUUUAUCGAGGUCCACGUCACCAACGUCCAUGCCCGCGAGGAGUUCCGUCACAAGAGCUUCCUUGCCGACAAGGCCGUCGCCGUCAUCUGCGGGCUCGGCGUCUAUGGCUACACGGCUGCGCUCGAGUACGCGGCCAAGCACCUCAAGCUCAAGCAGAAGGCGUGAGGCAUGAAGGGGAGGCACAGGUUGUAGACUUGUAGUAGUUGGGUGAGCCGGAGGAGAAAGCCGCCGCUGGUGAGGCAUGGGUUCAACCGGCAGAGCCCACGGCAAAACUCGGAGAUGACGAGAGCUCUGGCAAAUUGCAUUGUAAAGGCGCGAAGAGGAUCGCUCUCACGCAGCCCCGAG